AUGAUGUGCUUACAAAUUAGUGUUUUUGCUGAACUAAGUCCUAGUUCAUGUUCUUUUAUUCGUACAGCAACUAGUAUCAGUACAAUUGUACCUGAAAUUGCUCAAAUAGCAAUGCGUUAUUAUCGUGCUUCAUCAUCAUCAUCCGAUCAACAUCAUCGUCAAAAACGUUUUCUUUUUGUUGGCAGUAAUGCAUCAAAAGAUACUAGUACUAGUGGUGUUAAAGCAUCUGUACUCGAACAAGUUAUGGUUAAUGCAUUUAAAGAUGUUAAUUUUACUAAUGUAGCUUUAUUAAUUCUUAAUAAUAAUGAAACAAUGAAAAAAAUUCGACGAAAUACUAAUGGUAAAGCUAUUGUUCAUACUGCUAUGCGUAGUAUUGAUUAUGAAAAACUAGGUAGUAGUAUAUGGCAUGCUGUCGAAAGUGAAUUUGAUUUAGAAUAUUUGUUUUCUAAUCUAAUUAAUAUAACUCAUAUUGAUAUGAUACAUAAAGAACUUCUUAAUAAAGGUACUUUACCUGAUUGGCUUAUUAAAAGUAUUCAUCCAGAUAUAAAUGUUCAAGCUGUUCAUCGAAUGUUUGAAGAUAUAAAAAAUUUCACACGUAAAUUUAUAAUCAUAAUGAAUAGUUCUGAAAGUCUAGAUGAUUAUUUAUUUAAUAUGGUACAACAGCAGGUAUUAACACCAUUAGAAAAAGUUAUUCAAAAAUUAAAAGAUGAAAAACCAACAACACUUGAUCAAUUAGUUGAAAUUAUUUUAAAUAAUGUCAAUAAAAUUAUUAUGGAACGAUUAACAACGACAACUAAGAAAACUAAACAAGAUCCAUCUGCAACAACAAUAACAAUGGCAACAUCAGAAGAUAAUAGUUUUGAUGAUAUCAAGUUGUUAUUUUAUCAAUGUUCAAUUGCAAUUGAAUCAAUAGGACAAACAGCUCAAGCUAUGUUAAAAGCCAUUGAACAACUCUAUUGUACAUCUAUAUGGGAUUGA